UAGCGCCGUGACCUUCCGCGUCCUCAAACGUCAGUCUGCUACAGGCUGCGCAUCCGUCAAGAGUUGUUCGUCGGUUGCCAAGCAAUUUCCAGUUCCUCCAGACGUUGCUGUUUACUUUGAUUUAUAAACCAGCCCGCCAAAAUGACCUGGUCGACCGAAGAGAACGAGAAAGUAGCCGGUGAGCCGAACGUAGCAGCUAUGACGGCCCCAAGCCACCUGGACCAUCUGUGCGCCCUUGACAUCGAAAAGCACAAGUCUCUGAUCCGCCUGUCGGGCAUCAUCUGCACGAUUGGACCGGCCUCCAAUCCGGUCGAUGUGCUCGAGAAGAUGAUCGAGACCGGCAUGAACGUCGCGAGGUUGAACUUUAGCCACGGCAGCUACGAGUACCACACCAAGACGAUCGAAAAUGUCAGACAGGCCCAGAAGAACAUCUCGGAGAAGCGCGGGAUUUACGUGCCCGUGGCCAUAGCUCUCGACACCAAGGGCCCCGAAAUCCGUACUGGUCUCCUUGAAGGGGGUGGUUCUGCCGAGAUCGAACUGAAAAAGGGCCAGACUUUUAAGCUGUCCACCGACAAGGCUCUUGAGGAAAAGGGCAACGCGGAUAUCGUCUACAUCGACUAUGUCAACAUGUCGAAGGUCCUGGAGGUCGGGAACACCAUUUACGUCGACGACGGCUUGAUUUCGCUUAAAGUCACAAAAAUCGAUGCCAACUUGAUCACAACGGAAGUUGAGAACGGCGGUUCACUGGGAUCGCGGAAGGGUGUCAACCUGCCGGGAGUCCCGGUAGAUUUGCCAGCCGUCUCCGAGAAGGAUAAGAAAGAUCUCAUGUUCGGCGUCGCGCAAAAUGUGGACAUGAUAUUUGCCUCUUUCAUCCGCAACGCCGAGGCGCUGACCGAGAUCCGCGGUAUCCUUGGAUCCGAGGGCAAAAAUAUCAAAAUCAUCUCAAAGAUCGAGAACCAGCAGGGUAUGACCAAUUUGAAUGAAAUCAUCGCUGCCUCGGACGGUAUAAUGGUAGCACGAGGUGACCUUGGUAUCGAGAUCCCGCCCGAGAAGGUCUUCCUCGCCCAAAAGUGCAUGAUCAGUCGUUGCAACAAAAUGGGCAAGCCUGUCAUCUGCGCCACUCAGAUGCUCGAGUCCAUGGUGAAGAAGCCACGACCCACCAGAGCCGAGUCCUCGGACGUUGCCAAUGCCAUUCUUGAUGGAGCCGACUGCGUCAUGCUUUCCGGUGAAACUGCCAAGGGCGAGUACCCGCUCGAGUGCGUGCGUACAAUGGCCAACAUCUGCAAGGAGGCUGAAGCUGCGAUCUGGCACAAGCAGCUCUUUAAUGACCUGACGAGCAAGGCCGUGCCCCCUGUACAGAGCACCGAGGCUCUGGCAAUCGCUGCGACCGAAGCUGCUAUCAAGGGAAGUGCCUCUUGCAUCAUCGUGCUCACGACGUCUGGUGCGUCUGCUCACAAGAUCUCGAAGUAUCGACCACCCUGCCCGAUCAUUGCUAUCACGAGGUACGACCAGGUCGCUCGGCAGUCUCAUCUCUUCAGGGGAAUCUUGCCUCUGUAUUACUCGAAGCCCGUGGUUGAAAACUGGCUGCAGGACGUUGAGAACCGCGUCACGUUUGGCACGGAGUUUGGCAAAAGCCAAGGCUUCAUAAAGACAGGCGACAACGUUGUGGUUGUUACCGGCUGGAAGACGGGCUCCGGCUUUACAAACACCCUGCGCCUCAUAACCGCGGAAUGAAUCAUCAGAACUUCUGGUGUAGGAAUUUAAACAAAUCCUGUGGAUAGAUGUAUUAAAUGAUAAUUAAAAAAUGUAUAAAAUAAGAUCAUCAGUUCAAACAUUCGGUGUGUGGGCAAUUAUAAGACACGUUUUCUUGCGUUUGCUAGUCCUAUGGUGCCGAUGUUGUACUUCGCCCUAAAUAUUAGACCUGCAGUAUUACUAUUGUUCAAAUGAUUGGCCAUACAAAUGCAGCACACACAAUAUUUUAAACUGUGGUAAUGUCUUUUAUCCGAUAAUUAACGAAAAAAAUCUUCAGAAUAAACAAAUACGAAUCUCUUAACUAAUUUAGUGGUGAAUAACUUAUUAGUACAUUGAAUUUGUGAAACUUUGAAUUUUACUUAUUGUAUGUAAGUUUUAAACUUUUUUUUAGACCAUCAAUAAACGCAUUACCAAACA